AUGGUUAUGGAAAAAAAAAAUAGUUUUUAUGAUAAUGAAUAUAAUGUUGAAAGUGAUAAUAUCCCAUUCAUUCAAAUUAGUGAAGAUUUUGAAGAGGUUCCUAUAUCAGUUAAAUAUGGAUCAAAUAUUGAAACAUCAAAUUAUGAAAUACUAAAACAAGUACAAAAUAAAAAAGAUUUCAAAUAUUCAUUAUUUUUUUUUCUUUUGGGUUUUUUAUUUGUGUUACCUUGGGGUCUUAAUAUAAAAUAUUUAAAAAGUAGAAAUAAAACUGCUAGAAAACUAUCAAUUGUCUCUAUUGUAUUAUUCAUUAUUAGCGUAUUGGUUAUUGUUGCUAUAAUUCUAUAUUACAGUCUCUCUCCAUUAUUAGAGAAACGUUUUAAAAUAUUUUUUAAAUAA